AUGGUUCGGUACUUGCUGGAGAGUGGUGCUGACCCAAACAUCCAGGAUAAGGCCGGUAAGACUGCUCUGAUGCAUGCGUGUCUGGAGCAGGCCGGAGUGGAUGUCCUCUCUCUGCUGCUGGGGAGUGGAGCCGACCCCAGUCUGAACGACCACUCUGGCUCCUCAACUUUGGUCUAUGCUGUCAAUGCAGGGGACAAGGAGGCCCUGAGAGUCCUACUGGAUGCCUGCAAGGCCAAGGGCAAGGAGGUCAUCAUCAUCACCACGGACAAGCUACCUUCGGGAUGCCAGAUGACCAAGCAGUAUUUGAGCGUGCCUCCACCGCCCGACCUGGAAGAGCGCAUGCACUGCACCCCUGGCUCGGCCACCUGCUGCAUGUCCCCCUCAGACAUACAGCUCUGCACCCCUCCACAGGGUUCCCCCGCCAUCACCUCCCCCCACCCAUGGAGCCCCCUCUUGGGCCUCAGGGAGCACCAGCACCACCAGGGUGGUGGAAGGGGAACCACCAUCUCUGGUUCUACUGGUUCUGAUUCUUCUCAGCCAGGCUCCCCAACCAGGGACCCUAACCUGUUACGAGGCCCCAGUCCUGGGGUGGGGAAGCUGCUCCAUGUCCAGCGGCUCCACUCGGAGCCUUGGCUGAAGAUCCCUCCAUCCCUGCUGCUGCAGCAGAGCAAGGCCUCUAGCCUGACCGAGGAGCUGCUGGACAUUACCCCAGAGGAGGAGCUCUCCUUCUGGGUCAACAGCUUGGCCUUCUCUGGGUCCGGAAGGGCAGGGCCCGGGGUACAUCCAACCCUCGCCCGUCACCAGAGCAUCGACGCCAAAGACGCCACGGGGCUGCUAAGGGCCUUGGAGCAGGUGGCUGGAAGCGAGGGAGGUGGCGGAGGACGAAGGAGAGGCCUGAGUAGGAAGAUGUCUUAUGACAGCGCUGCAGCUUUUUCCCACCCCAACCUCUUGCACCGGGGGGACGGAGGAGGCUGCCCCAACUGUCCCUGUGGUGUUCAUGAACCAGUCCUCCCAGUGGACAAAACCUCCCUAGACUGCUGCCUCCCUAACCUGGCCGUGUCCAGCCUAAAGAAUGUAGUCCGCCGCCGCAACAUCGGCAUGGACCACUAUAGCUCUGACUCCCAGUUGCCCCAGUUCGGCCACAGCAGCCACCCAGAGUGUAAUGAAUCCCACAGAGGCAUAGGGGGUGGUGUAGGGGGAACUGAGAAGCGUAAGCUGGUCACCAGCCGGUCAUCCACCCUGUCAGGCUCCAGGGAGUCCCUGGAGAGCACUGCCCAGAGAAGGGGACCCGCAAACCUGGAGAGAAGAGGCUCGGGGGCCCUGCUCCUGGAUCAUAUCUCCCACACCCGGCCGGGAUACCUGCCUCCUCUUAACCCCCACGCACCCAUACCCGACAUUGGGGUCAGCCCCACCUCAACCUGCCCCAGCCUGAGUGGGAGCACCAAAGCACUGAAUCUGAAUGGGGGUGUUGUAGCAGGGCCGGGGUCAAAGCCUCUCGUCCCUUGUGCACCUUCCUUCCACAGGGAUCGGAAGUUUAAGACAUUGCUGAGAAGACACUCCAUGCAGACUGAGCAGAUUAAACAGCUUGUCAACUUCGAGGAGCUCUUCAUCCACUAAGACGAACAAUGCUAGCCCGGUCCCAGGUUUGUUCGUGCCGUCUUGCUAACCCCAGCCCUAUAGUCAUUGUCACGCCUUGGCAAAACUGCACAAACAGUUUUGGGACCAGACUAGAACACUGCAUUUUCUUUGUGUGUCUGACUACUGUGUGCGCCGCUUCCUAUAUAUAGCUUCCUCAAUAUAUAUAGCUUCCUCAAGCUCUGUUGCUGCUGUGUGACCAUAACAUUGUUAACAAAGAACUUGUGCCUUCUUACCAGAAGUUUAUUAUUGCUCAUCCCAGCUUUUUCAAUGUGCUUAAUUACACUUCCUUUGACAACCAGACUUGCAAUUCCAUCAAGCCCAGGAAGGAAUAGAGGAAUUACGAUCGGCGCAUCAGAACCAUCGGUAACGCAACAGCUCUUCUUUGAUCAAUUGAUACAUUUAUAUCCGUUUGAAAUCUGAGAGCAGAAAUCUCAUGGUACUCCUCCUCAGGACAUCUAACAACAGACAGAGAUGCUUUUAACACAUGGAAUGAAGGAAUCUGAGGCCUUGAAUCCUAUGACAAAAUAAUUGACUAUUCAAAGGGAAGGGGGACUGAGUCAUUCUGACUAAAUCAAUGACAGACUGAAAGCAAUGGAUUGGCAACACAGCACAAAUACAUCUGGGACUCAGGCUAACUCCUCUGACUGUGGAAGAUCUAAGUCACUAAGGAAAAUAUUCAUAUUUGUCAGUGGGAAAAACAAACACCAAAAAAUGUAAGUAAGACCAUCAGGAUUCUUGAACACAAAGUAAGAAUGUCAGAGCAUUACAUUUGCUGAGUAUUUAUUCGACACUGCUGUUUUGUACACCAUUUGACGAGGUAGUUGUUGUAUUGCCUUCCACUUGUUCUGUUGUGCUCCUUCACUGCUAAUAAACUGCUUUACUGCCCUCUCCUCUUUUCUCUAUACACCAAGUCACUGGGCUCCAUCAGUGGUGUAGUGGUGCCUGGAAAAGUGGGUAUACUCUAAUGUUGCCCAAAAUGUCCCAAACAGCCCGACCGGCAAAGGAAAGGUGCCCUGUGUAAAAAUAAUCUGAGAAACAGUAGAUUACAUCCUGAACCCUUAAAAAUGAUCAAUCCCAUAUUGGCCUUUCAGUCAGUCCAACCCAAGCUGUACCGUGCAAGUAGGCCUACUAUUGAAACAGAUAGAAUUCACAUUAUUUUGUUCAGUUUUUUGCUUUCAAAGUCACUCUUUCUUAAUAGAAAAACAACACAAUUUGAUGUUGUAAGUACAUAACAAUGCUUAAACCACAUCAGGAGACCACUACUGGGUCGUAGUUAACCUUAAUUCAAGUGUGCAGGCACCUAGCACUGUUGCUUGGUCUGUAGCACAUGAGAUGGAGUUUGCAAAACAAAUGGCCAUUGGAUUGAUGCAAAUAAUCAUGACAUCAUUCUGCCAGGUUAUGGCUACUUUGUAGCUACAUAACAUAGUUAACUGAGAAGGUUUUUGGGAAAGCCUUUCCAUAUACCAGAAUACGGUUAGGCCUCUAAUUACUGUAGCAUCGCCUUAUUUUCCUGUCCCU